GAGUAGCCAUGAAAAUGGCCGGGGCAUACGGCAUUCAAGAUCUGUUUAAGAUGAUACCAGUCGAAGGAACUGCAGAGUGUCUACAUACGAAAGCACUUUUCAGACUUUGGAGUGUCAACCAUAAAACGACAGCUUUGCAAACUCUUUAUGAGUAUAUAGUUGCACACAUCAAUGCCCCUAAGCGGCUAUGCUGCAUGCCAGGAUUUCGUUCUGACAAUUUGGAAGCAUUUGUUGGUGGAAUGAGAUGGAUUCCAAACAUUGGACGAAUGAUGAAGCGUGUAGACUUCAGUUGUCAGCAAUGCAAGGAAUACCUCGCUUUCGUAAUGGAAA